CCCCGUCUCUAUGGAAACGGUCCGCCCCCUGGCGCGCGCCGCGAGCACCAUGGCUGCCGGGGAGCCAGGCCCUCCGGGCGGUUACUCCUUCAGGUUCCUGCCUCAGAAAACCUUCCCGUCUCUGAGCGCCCCGGAGACCACCAGCCGGCUGCGCCAGUGGUCCAUGCUGGGCAGGGUGACGGCGCAGGCGUUCGGCUUCGACCGCACCUUCCGCGCGCACCGGAGGGACGACUUCGCGCUGGCUUUUUUCAAAGACCCAAAUGUUAUUCCAAAUUUGCAGUUACUUUCAGAUUCUUCUGGACAGUGGAUGACAUUAGGAACUGAAGUGAAAAAAGUUGAAGCUACAAAUGUUCCUUGCACACAGCUUUCAAUGUCAUUUUUUAAUCGGUUAUAUGAUGAAGAUAUUGUACGAGACACCGGACAUAUUGUUAAGUGCUUAGAUUCUUUUUGUGAUCCAUUUCUCAUUUCUGAUGAGUUACGAAAAGUUUUAUUAGUGGAAGACUCAGAAAAAUAUGAAAUAUUCAGCAAACCAGACAGAGAGGAGUUCCUGUUUUGUCUCUUUAAACAUCUUUGCCUUGGUGGAUCCCUUUGUCAAUAUGAAGAUGUGCUUAGCCCGUAUCUGGAGACAGCAAAGCUUCUCUAUAAGGAUCUGGUGAGUGUUCGAAAACACCCUCAAACCAAGAAAAUACAAAUUACUUCUUCUGUCUUUAAAGUUACAGCCUAUGAUUCUACUGGUGUGUGCUACCCUUCCACAAAGAGUCACGAGCAGACAUUUGCUUACUUUAUUGUGGAUCCUAUCAAGCGUCACGUCAAUGUUUUAUACCACUGUUUUGGUGUAGGGGAGAUGUCUUAGUGUUCUUACAUGUUACCUAUAUCUGCUGUAUUUUAAUUUAUCAUUUCUCUAUUUUAGUGGUGAUUUAUGGACAAAUACUGUGUAGAUGAGUUGAAGUAAAAUAUAUAGAGUGUGCUUAGAACUGAAGAAAGCAAACCCCAAGGUGCCUUUGGAAAUUUGUCUAGCGGACACAUUUCUACUCACAUAGGAAUGCUAGUAUAACCUGUAUGAAACACAGAAAUUUUUACAGGAAGUUACAAGGAACUAAAAAUUGCCGGGCGUGGUGGCGCACGCCUAUAAUCCCAGCACUCAGGAGGCUGAGGCAGGAGGAUCGUUGCAAGUUCGA